AUAAUAAAAUUGAGGUUAUGUUUUAUAAUGGAUAUGGUUUGUGUUUACGUUUGUUAAAAUUGUGUGUACCAAAUAAUAAGCGUAAUGUCGGGAGGUUUUACAGAAUCAGCAUUUAUUAAAAAACUGCAAGAACUAAAUAAUUCCUCGCAAAGUAUUCAAACCUUAUCAUUAUGGCUUAUACACCAUCGGAAACAUUACUCAAGUGUUGUGAAAAUUUGGUUAAGGGAACUUCAAAAAGCUAAAGACAGUAGAAAACUUACAUUUAUGUAUCUAGCUAAUGAUGUUAUUCAAAAUAGCAGGAAAAAGGGUCCUGAAUAUGGUCAGGAAUUUGGUACCUUGCUUAAAAAAGCCUUUGAGCACAUGUCUGCGUGCGAUGAGAAAACGAGAAAUAGUCUUGAUAGGUUAUUAAGUAUAUGGCAAGAUAGAGGAAUCUAUGUUUCAGUACAAAUCAUGGAAUUCAAGUCAGCUUUACUUUUAGGUAAAGAUGAACCGCCUUUAAAAAAGAUAAAGCCAAAUGAUGUAGGAAAGAAAAGGGAUAAAGAGGUUACAGUCGAGGUGGAUGGGACUUUGGAAACACACGUACAUUUGAGCCCACAUACACCUCCAGGUGAUCCACCAGAGCCUGAAGAGCUUAUUAAAGCAAUUCAAGAUCUGGAAGUAAAUAUAGCGUCAUCCGAUGAAAAAGUUCGAGAAAAAAUUGCCCACUUGCCUAAAGAAGUUUCUGAUGUUGCAAUCAUUUCUAAAAUAGAGGAUAGGGAAGCUGCUGAGAAAUUGAGCAAUCAAGUAAAUAGUGCAGUUUUAUUAUUAAGUCAAUAUAAUACGAGACUACAGACUGAAAUGGAACAUAGAAAAAAAGUUGCUGUUAUGAUGAGGGAUUUCUUACAAGUACAGGAUGAACUUUUAGCUCAAGCUGAAAGAAAUUUAGAGGAAUAUCAAGAAACUUUAUCAAAAAUUUAUUCUGUAAGGCAAGAAUUACAGUCGCACAUACAGAACCUUCCUGAUCUUACUCAGCUACCAAAUGUAACCGAUGGGUUGGCUCCAUUGCCUUCUGCUGAAAAUUUAUUUAUGCAGUAAAA